GCCAUCCUCCUAACCUAAGAAAAUACCGACUUGUCAUUUGGAUUGUUUUCAAACUGAGUUUCUUACUGAAAAUCCAAAUACUUUAUUAGAAUCUUUCUCGUUAAAAGGAAACCAUUUUGUGAAAUGUCGAGAUUUCUUGUUAAUUUACUUAUUUAUUCUUCGGUGGUUUUACAAGUUUUCUGCCAUGAAGAGGGAAUUUAUACUCGCCAAUACGACGAAAACAAUUUCGUGGACGAGAUAGCAAAAAAACAUCAUUUUGUGAUGUUCUACGCCCCCUGGUGCGGUCAUUGUCUGAGAUUGGCCCCAAUAUGGGAACAACUGGCCGAAAUGUUGAAUGAGGAUAGCAGCAAUAUAACAAUUGCCAAAGUCGAUUGCACAACUGAUGCCCAAGUUUGUUCCGACCAAGAUAUUACUGGGUACCCCACUUUAAAGUUCUUCAAAGUAGGGACAAGUGACAGUGUCAGGUUUAGGGGUACCAGAGAUUUGCCCACCCUAACUGACUUUAUUAAUGAACAGCUCAGACAGGAAGAUGAACUAUCCGCUGGGGUUGUUUCCAGUCAAGAAUCUCCGCUCAUCGAGUUGAAUAAGGACAAUUUUGACGCCGUUAUUGAGGAUGGAAACACAUUUAUUAAGUUUUAUGCUCCGUGGUGCGGACAUUGUCAAAAAUUGGCUCCUACCUGGUUAGAAUUGGCAAAAGCAAUGGAACUUAAUGAAAAAAUUACUAUUGCCAAGGUUGACUGUACAGAAUUCAGAGACAUUUGUUCUACACACGAUGUAAAAGGUUAUCCGACGCUGUUGUGGUUCGAGGAUGGACAAAAGAAUGGAAAAUAUACUGGAGACAGAUCACUGGUAGAUCUUAAAAACUAUGUAAAUCGAAUGAUCGGUGGUCAAGUUCCUGAGAAAUCCGAACCGGAGCCAACAAAAGUCACCGAAGACAAAUUUGUAACAGAGUUAACAGCGAAAAAUUUCAGCGAUGAAAUCGGCAUUGGAUUAACGUUUGUGGAGUUUUAUUCUCCUUCUUGUGGUCAUUGUAAGAGAUUGGCGCCGACUUGGGAACAGUUGGGGAAGAAGUUCCAAAGUGAAAAAGCAGUCAAAAUUGGUAAAAUCGAUUGUACUACCUCAGUCAAUAGGCAAUUUUGCAACGAGCAAAAGAUCGAAGGAUUUCCAACUCUGUUCCUGUAUAAGGACGGACAACAAAUAGGAGAGUAUAACGGAAAUCGUGAUAUAGAGGAUUUGUCCGGUUUUGUCACACGGCAUUUAUGGCAUGAGGAAUUGUAGAAAUUCAUACAAAUACUAGUCAUUUCAUGUUUCUGGAUGAAACAUAGGUUUUCCCAAGUGAAUUAAAAGACGUAUCUGUUGAGUGUUUAGAACCUAAAAAUAAUUUCCCUACUGUUUGGUUGUUUGUCAUUGUGGCACUAUUUCUAAAUACAUUUUUAUAUGCAGAAA